CAAGGGCAUUUUCAUGUGACCACAUCUAUAUAUAAUCCCAUUCGCAUCGUCGUCAUCAUCUAGUAUACGUCUCCAAGUUUCUAAUUUCAUUGCUCCAACUUCAACAAUGGCGAUGGCUUUCAAGAUGGCGACGACGGGGAUGUGGGUGACGGAGGAAUGCAAGAACUCGUUCAUGGAGAUGAAGUGGAAGAAGGUACACAGGUACAUAGUGUUCAAGAUCGACGAAGGCUCGAGGCUGGUGACCGUCGACAAGGUCGGCGGCCCCGGCGAGAGCUACGACGAUCUCGCCGCCUCUCUGCCGGAGGACGACUGCCGAUACGCCGUCUUCGAUUUUGAUUUCGUCACCGUCGACAACUGCCGGAAAAGCAAGAUCUUCUUCAUUGCAUGGUCUCCAACAGCGUCAAGAAUCAGAGCAAAAAUGCUUUACGCAACAUCAAAAGAUGGGCUGAGGAGAGUGCUGGAAGGCAUCCAUUAUGAGCUGCAGGCAACCGACCCAACCGAGAUGGGUUUUGAUGUGAUUAAGGACAGGGCCAAAUAGCCCUCCCUCCUAUAUCAUACAUAAACAACAACUAUUAUAAUAAUAAUAAUUAUUAUUAUAAUAAUGAUAAUAGUAUUUGGCAUUUGGAUUUGGCCAAUUUUACUUUUUUUUUUUUUUUUUUCUUAAUCUAAUAACUCCAAUUAGUGGGUUGUUUUCUUCUUGUUAACUUUUCUUGCUUUUAGCCAGAUCCCUCAGCACUGAUGUAACUUAAAUCCCUCUAAUUUGUAAUAAAGUAGCACUCGCUGUCACUGUGUGAUUAUUUAAUGACCAGCCACCUUUCAAUGUC